CAAAACACGCCCUGCUCUCUUCCUCUCUCUCUCCUCCUCCUCUUCCCUGUCCGCCACUCUCUCUCUCUCUUUCUCGCUCGCCUCUCUCCCUCGCUGGCGCACGCUCCCUCUCUCUCGGGGAGCCCCCAAAAAUAUAAAAUUCGCUCCGUGGGUUGACCACACAGCUCCGGUCCGGCACCGGAGAGUCGCAAACGUUGCUCCGGGUACGCUGCUGCUGCUGCUACGGUGGUGAUCGUAGUGGUGGUGCGACGAGGGCAGCAAAGAACGAGCCGUGGUGGUCAUACUUCUUGCCUCCUCCUCCUCCUCGUCCUCCUCCUCGUCCUCCUCGAGUCUGGGUACUCGCAGUGCGCAACGGGACGAGCGCCGCCGGAGCGAAUUGGUCGGGGGUCCGUGACAGCGAUUUGCAGCGUGAGCUCCCCUCGUCUCUGACCAUCAUUACGAACUCAAGUUCCCACAACCAACACAUCUUCGUCUCCCGCUAAUUGUCCUUGUCUCUCCCGCUAAUUAUCCCCGUCCCGAAAGCCAACAAUUAGAUAUUUUGGACAAAGAGACUGCGAAGACCGCUCUCAAAAACAACAACCCCCCCCGCAGACACACAAUCACCCCGUUCUUUAAAUAUGCAAGACGUUCACAGUCGCUGCAAGUCCAAAUUAUUAUAAUUUAAUGCUGGAAUGUAAGAGCGACGCUAUGCGAUAAAUAAAUAAAUAUUGGAUGUUUAAAAAAACGCUUUAUUGGCAUAACAAAAAUCCGAGGAAAGUUUGUAGAAUUAUUCUGAUGAAAUAACUUUGACGAGCGUUGACGUGCCCUAAAUUUUCAGCGCCGGUCCCUUUUGAAAAUAAACUUGGAAGAAAUCAUUUCGUUUCUUUUUCCUUAUUUUUUUCCUCUCGCCACCCUGCGACUAAACACAUCCGAGUUCCUUUGAAGAGCGCGAGAGGCAAUAAAGAGGCUUAACCAUGAAUUUCCUGAGAAGACGUCUAUCCGACAGCAAUUUCAUGGCCAACCUGCCCAACGGCUACAUGAUGGACCUGCAGAGGCCAGACCCGCCACAGGCCCCGCCUCCCUCCGUGUCACCAUCGGGGGGCCCGGCACAGCCAGGUGGCGGUGGCGGCAGCGGCGGCGGUGGCGGUAGCGGCGGCGGUGGCACCACCGGGGCCGGAGUGGGCCCUGCUGGAUCUGCCGCUGCCACUUCAGGCGCGGCGCCCCCAGCGGCGUCAGUGUCGCCCGCGGCGCAGUCGCCCGCCACGCCGCAGCCAGGAGAGCAGCGCCGCCUGUCCCAGUCGUCCGGAGGUGGCGAGGCGAAGGCGGGUGGGGGCAUCACGAGUGGAGCCAGCGGAUUCCUAAGCUCCCUGUCCAACGCCGUGCGGCAGACGACGGCGGCAGCGGCGGGGCUGGUGGAGCAGACGGCCGGCAGCGUCUCCGGCAGUGCGGGGCGCAAGUCCAAGGUGCUGCUCGUGAUCGACGACCAGCAGACCGACUGGGCCAAGUUCUUCCGGGGCAAAAAGGUUCUCGGGGAGUACGACGUGAAGGUAGAGCAGGCCGAGUUCUCCGAGUUGAACCUGGCGGCCUACGUGGACGGGGGCUGCACCGUCGACAUGCAGCUCUACCGCAGCGGCACCAAGGUCGUGAGGUCGCUGAAGCCAGACUUUGUGCUCGUCCGUCAGCCGGCCUACAGCAUGGCGGGCAGCCAAGACUACCGCAGCAUCGUCAUCGGCCUCCAGUACGGUGGCGUGCCCACCCUCAACUCCCUGCACUCCGUCUACAACUUCUGCAGCAAGCCCUGGGUGUUCUCCCAGCUGAUUCGUAUCCAGAAGAGCCUCGGUGCAGAGAAGUUCCCCCUCAUCGAGCAGACGUACUUCCCCAACCACCGUGAGAUGCUGACGACGCCGACAUUCCCGGUUGUGGUGAAGAUCGGACACGCGCACGCCGGCGUGGGCAAGGUAAAGGUGGACAACCACUACGACUUCCAGGACGUGGCGAGCGUCGUGGCGCUUACCAAGACGUACGCCACCGUGGAGCCGUACGUCGACUCCAAAUACGACAUCCGCAUCCAGAAGAUCGGUGCCAACUACAAGGCCUACAUGAGAACCUCCAUAUCAGGAAACUGGAAGGCGAACACGGGCUCUGCCAUGCUGGAACAAAUUGCAAUGACAGACAGGUACCGGAUGUGGAUCGACACUUGCGCUGAGCUCUUCGGCGGCCUCGAUGUCUGCGGCGUGAAGGCCGUGCACGGCAAGGACGGUCGUGACUACAUCAUCGAGAUAAUGGACUCCUCCAUGCCGCUGCUCGGGGAGCAUCAGGACGAGGACCGCGCGCUCAUCGUGGAUCUGGUGGUCGCGCGCAUGAACCAAGUUCUGCCGCGCACGCCUGCGCCGUCCCCACAGCCUGGGCAGCAGAGGGGAGGGCAGCCGUCUCCAGGACAGCAGCGGAGCAGCCCGACACCGAGUCCCCAGCCGGGGCAGGCGGCUGGCGCCCAGGCCCGCCCACCACCUCAAGGAGGCGGCCCUCAGCAGGGCGCCGGGGCUCAACCUCAGCGACCCGGGGCCCCUCCGCUGGUGCAGCAGCAGCAGCAGCAGAGGAUGGGCCCUCCUGGCCAGACCUCCCAGGGGGGGCCGACCCCUGCGGGGGGCGGGCAACCCAACCAGCCGCCGCGUCCCGGGGUGACCCCCCUCCAGCACGGAGGCGGUGGGGGUCCUCGGCCCGGCGGCGGCGGCGGCGGGGGGAUGGCGGGGCCCCAAACGCAGCAGCCGCCGCGGUCGAGCGGAACGUCGCAGGCCCCGUCGGGGCAGCAGGGCCAGCCGGCGAGGCAGGGCCAGCCGGCGCCGCCGCAGAGGCAGUCGAGUCAGCAGCCCGCGGCGCAGCCGCAUCCGCACCUCAACAAAUCUCAGUCACUGACAAACACGUUUAACAUCCCCGAGCCCUCCCUGUCGCGCGGCUCGGCACCCGGAACGGAAGACCAGGCCAAGGCAGAGACCAUCCGGAACCUUCGCAAGUCCUUCGUCAGCCUCUUUUCUGACUGAUCGCCGCCUCCGACGCAACCGCCGCAACCGCCAAUCACUUCUUCCAACAAGCCAUGCAGCGAGCGCCCAAGAAAGUCUGCCACCGCCACCGCGUGCAUCUGCGGCGGCGACUCGGCAGGCGGCGGUGGGGGCAUCGCUUACCGGUUGGGAGGGGAGGCUUUUGCUUUCACGCUGUUUUAAAAAAAAUAUUGCGAUAACGAAUAUGCUAAAAGAUUGUCGUAGAUAUUUCCCUUCCCCCCGUUCAACGUCGUUGCUGCUGACCGCUACGAGUCGAGGCCCCUCUGCUUGACUAAAUGUAGUCACGUAAAAAAUAUAUAGAGAGAGAGAGCGCAUAGCUAAAUAAAAUACACGCAUAUUUAUACGCUUGUAUGAAACGGUAGCGUUUUUCGAGAGUGACGUUUGAGUUGAAAAUCCGACACCCUGUAAUUGUGUUUGUGCUCGAUGUUCAAGCUGACGCGGUUCUGUAAUUGUGUACGUUUGGCACGAUGUGUGUGUGUGUGUUGCUUGCACCCUUUGGUCCCUACGCACCCUGGCAUGUUGGCAAUAACGGCGUAUUUGUGAUGUCUCGUAUUUUUUGGCUUCUCUAACGAGGAAUGAGUAAUUCGCACCGACGGCAGCGCUGCCCGAGAAAAUGACAUGUUUCCGAGUAAAAGAAAAAAAGUGCGUGAAUCGUGUUGCAACCCCAAACCUGUUUGCGGGCUCCGCUCGCGUUCUAAAUGUAUUUUUGUUGGACGUCUUAAAUGUUUCGCACGUAUCGUUUUGCGGUGCUCUGCUGCCCUCUGCGGGCAUCUCGAUGGCAGGUUUCGCAUGCCGAGUGGAUUCACCUUCAAAGUCAAAGACAAGUCCAUCUGCUAUCUGAAUCCUUCAUUUAACAAUGCCAAGUUCGUCCAUGGGCCCAUUUCAAAUAAUUUACUUGUCGGUACCAACUGACUUAUACCAACGUCUUUAUAUACCCAAUCAAGUCAAAAGCCAAAGUGAGUUCCUGUUUAAAUGAGAAGAGGUGGUUGCUCAUUUCCAAUUUCAAGUGGUGGAACAUCCACAUUCCUGUGGUGGGGAUAAGUAUAUCCAUAAAACAACCACUGUUGACUUCCGCACAAAGUGGUACUGAUUUUAUCAACAUUGGAGGCAUGAUGAGCCAACCCCCAACCAUAAAAGUGGCAUUUAAUAAGAACUAGAAACCGCGUGAACUUUGGAUAUGACUGUCCGUCCUUCCAUCCCUCCCAGGCAGCCAGUAAAACGUUUAAUCGCAUACAGAGCCCUGUCUGUAUGCAGCUUUCUCUGGCCUCCUCUGCACUGCAUAUCCCAAUUCAUCUCGAUGUCUUGCUCUGUUUCUCUCUUUCUCCUCUAUUUUCUGUCCCGACUUCUACCUCUCCUUCCAUAUUCCUCCACUCCCUCCACUGCUUCUCAACCACUUCCCUCCCGCUACCGCUUUCCACGUGCGUCUCUCUUUCUCUCACCUCUCACCCUCGCUAUUCGCUUUGCCAACGCUCCCUUUCCCGCCUCAACCUCUCUUGCCUCUCCCUAGAUUUCUCUUUCUCUUCCAUUGCCAGUUGCUUUCCGCUUUCCGCCUUUGCUCUUUCUUCUCCACUCCAUGUCCCUGCCCCUCUCCUUUCAGCUUCUCUCCGUUUCGACUUCCCUCUAUCCCCCCCCCCCCCCUCCUCACCACCACAUGCGCCAUGCAGGCAGACAGGAAUCCAGGCAGGCAGGACGCCAGCCAGAACACUUUUUUUCCCCCACCAUAGAUAGUGAUGAUGUAAUCACGUAGUCUCACGUUCAUUUGCCGUUCACACAAAUCGGUCGCCCCAAACGUUUGCCACCACCUGUGGUGCCGAAUUCUGAUCUGGCCCAGCGGGUGACGAUGACGUAGCAAGGAUUUGCGGCCAAUUUGUUGAAGAGGAAUUGCUGCCGCGCGCGCGCGUGACCUGAAGUGGUAUCGACGCGUUCCGCCGCGAUUGCACGAGCUCGUUUGCUUGCCCCGAAGGGCGAAAAGUCGACGGUUGGUCGCAAAGGCACACAGAGAGUCCACCCGUUGUUAGUACGGCAUUUGUUUCCUGCUGCGUGUCGGUGUGUUUUCGCGUGAGGCAUGUGUUUCGCGUUGUGUAUUCGUGUGUUUUAGUGUUGGUGAUGCACGUGGGUCCAUGUUGCGUAUCGGUGAGUUCUGUGCAAGUAUAAGGCAUUUGUGUAUGAGUGUUGCAUUGUCUCCGCAAUGUGGUGAAUGUGUUCACCGUGCACCAUUCAAAAUUUCUCCUGCACGGUAUCCAUGCCGCAGCCUGCACACCACCCACUGCCCCACCCCCUUCCCUGGAAAUCAGGGGGCAGCGUGACCCAUGCGUUCAGAACUGCUGGGCUCAUCCUGUCUUCGAAGUUUGCCGGAGAUUGUAAGAUUCCCCCCCGGCCUUGAAUGUUUUCGUCUUAUGCAUACGUGAAUGUAACCCCACGGUGACUUUUUUUCACGAUUGUCGCUCACCGACGUCGCUCCCUAACUUCGCCGUCGUGACCCCGCCGGGUCACCACCCCCACCCUGACCCCCCCUCACCCCCGCGGCGCGGCGUUCCGUUCUAUGCAGGGCGUUCUCUCCUCGCUUGUCAUUUUGACCGUUGCCGUUCGGCGAUUCCGCGUCGGACGAAUUCGUCCGCUCCCCCACGAGGCGUUCGGCGUUCCCCCCGACCCACCCCCUCCCCGCCCGUUCGCCGAAAUCAGGAAUCCUCCUGUCGUGGUUUUCGCGAAACGUCGGAAUGACCGCGAGUCUCGUGCGGGCUCCCCCCCCUCCCCUCCGGCCCCCCAUUGCCGAGUCGACCUUUCCGUGUCAUCCAGGGCGACUUUUAGCCGUUGGAUUGGGGGGGAGGGGAUUUAGAAAAGUCGUAAUUUUUAAUUGCUGUGCUAAUGACGACGUGCUGUUUCGCGUGUUGUUGCGUCUUUUACCUCGUGUGGUGUACACUCGGCGUGACUCCGCUGUUGCAUGGGCGUAUUACCGUAGUGUGGAUUUUUACCAUGAUGUGUCUACCAACAGAUGCCCCCCCCCGCCCCGCUCGGCAACUUUAAAUUUUUAAUUCUGAUAGUGGCCCACCUCCCCGUGUGUUACCUCUGCGGCUGGCUUUUUGGUCCCGGUUUGUUUUGUUUGUUUUUUGGGGUCGCGUGACAGUCCCAAGUGCUGCAGUGCUUUUUUCGCCGGAUCGGUGGUGAGAUUUCAGAGGCCGCAUUGCUCGCUUCAGCAGGGCCACCCGUGGCUGCCGGGUGGCGGCGAGGAGGCGAAUGGCGCAAAUGAAGCCCCGGAUCUCGCACUCAAAAAGAGGGCCCCGCGAACCAAUGGGCCCUCUGUUUUUCUCACGACUAAUGGGGGGUACGGGGGGGGGCUGACCCCCCCCAUGUGUCAAUUCUGAUCGGGAGUCUCGGGGUGAUCGUUGCAUAUUCAGUGCAUUCGUAGCUUCUACCGUACGUGUUUUAAAUAGCUAUAAGACAUCAAUUUAACAAAAAAAUGCGUUUUAAAUUACGCCGAAUUAUAUGAGAGUAUAUACAUUACAAUAGUGUAUUUAGUGAUACAUAUCUAUAACAUGUUGGUUCAGAGAUCACAUAUACUACGUGAAACGUUGACCUUAGUGGAUACAAUUAAUCGGUGGUUCUUUGCCAAAUGCAAUUUAAAUUAAAUAUUCACGUUACACAUAUAUAUACUGUACCGUGUGACAUCACACAUAGACGGGUGUAGUGUUUGCAUUUUGAAUGUCUGCAAUGUAUUUAGUUGGGAUAGACACCCCCGUUUUAGCAUAUAUUAUCUCACGUCACACUUUCAUGCUCAAUGUAGCUUUUAUACAUCCAUUCGUUCUCACAUUGAAAUCUUGUAGAGGUGUAGUGACGCCUCGAUUCAGCGAUUGAUAUUGAAUCUCUUCGCUAAUGUGCAUUGAAUCACGUGUAUGUAUGUUGAACUUCUUUCGCACCGUACGUAGCCAACCGUGUUAAACGGAGGUGCGAGGGAAGGACAACAAACUAAACAGAAGAAGCAAUUCAGAAGGAAUUCGUUUUCAAGGAUGACAUGCUUCAAUAAGGAUGACAUGCUUUCCGAGUCAUAUACCCUGAGCGGCAGCGGAUUACUGCAGGCUGUGUGAUUACAUCGCGGGCAUUGGCUGUACUUCUAUGCGCCCACGUCUGCUGUGCUCACCACCUGCAACCCAUCCGCACUGACCUAGCAUGGCGACGCACGGUCAAUUAACCCCCACGGCCUGCACGGCGUGGGGAGGCCCUCAUCCAGCAGUGGAUCAGAUUUUUAAAAAAAGUCUGGAUGCGUGAUUCCUUGCCGUCAAUUGUGGCCGCGUAAUUCGUCACAACGCUGAGAAAGUGAUCGAUCGUUGAGUCGCAUUCAUCGAAUUGCCCUUAACGAAGGCGAAUCGUUGCACCCUUGUUACGAUGCGUACGCCUUCGUUACGAGCGUGGCCGUGCAGCAGAAGGCGACGGCGGCCGGCCGAGUCAGUUGCCAACUCGCCCAGCGGGUCACAGGGCGUUCGCUCUCAUCCUCCGCACUGCUGCUGCUGCUGCUCUCCCAGCGAGCAAACGUCGACCUCAGCGAGCGCUUCAUUAUCACACCGCAGUUGCAUAUUGUUUGUGUCUAGUCGUGGUUAAAUAUUGAAAACUUGAAAGUGAAUCGUAUGAUGUGGUCUCCCACCUCCCUCACACCCCCCCCCGAAGUGUUUCUGUGAUGCCUCUCCUUCACCAUGAAUUGUAACCUACAGAUGGCUUCUCAGUCUGUGCCGUACAAAGGUCUGCCUCGUCUCAAACGUCGCCCGCAGUGCUUAUAAUUGAAUGAUCGUUCGCACUUGUGUAUUUAAAUAUAGACAGAAUCAUAAUAUUUACCUUGUGGGCGCACGGUGCAGAGUCAGCGGAUAGCGGUGUGAGUUGUACAUCUUGAAGUGACACGUCUGAAACGUGUAAGUUGCUGGGCCAAGGUUUGCUUGGUCCGGGCCUAUACCGUGAUGUCUCUCUCCUCUUGCGUGUUUCCCUGCCCUCACCCGAACCGUCACAGAACCCCCUUCUACCCUCACGGUGUUCUCAAUUGAUUUUGCAAGGUGUCUUUAAGAUGCGAUUGCAUUUUCUUUUCUGCCAUUUCCAUUGAAAUUGUUGUUAUGUUAUCUAUGACAUAACACAUGUAUGCAGUUAUUUUGGUGAGGCGUAAUGUCACAGGUUAAUGUUCCUGAUUCAUGUAUACCACUGAUUGAUUGUAUAAGAGGAACCCCGGUAUAAUAGACCGACAGUGAAGAUUCAGGGAUGACGGUAAUGCCACCUAAUUUCUUGUGUCUUUCUGUUUUCUAAUAUGUUUGCUCUUUUUUUCCGGGAGAGUUGCAUUCAUGUCAGUGCUUUGCGAGCCAAUGCAAAAAUGUUAUUGUGUGAGAGCCAGAUGUUUGAGGCUGACUGACAGGAGAGGCCGUGCCCUAUUCGGGUUUUCCAGCAUAGUUUAUUUAAAUUGUACUGAUUUGUUUCACGUUAACCUGAUGUGUUAAAUCAAGAAUGCCCGCUGUUGCAACGAAACACCGCCACUACAGUAACUUAAGAAUCUCAGCACCAUUAAUUUUGCACGGGGAAAAAAAAAUCUGGCCUUUUGCGUUGACUAUUUUUAGCCGUUGACUGUCAAUUAUAUUCUCUGACGCACAUAUGAAGAAAAAAAUCGAGCUUUUGAAAGGAUGGGUUAACUUUCAUGUGUGAUUUUUUUUUGUGUUCAAUUCAUUAAAUAUUUCAUACCUGAUUCGACCGGUAUUACGAAUGAAGCCUGCUAAAGUGAUGAACGACCAUUGUCGCAAAUAAAAGUGGAUUUGUUCAUUCGGAGAUGCCAUCGGUGUAGAUGAUACGUCAACCAUGAGGCAUGGGUUCUUUUCGCUUGGGCACAAUAUUGCAACCCUUGCCACCGAGCAUGAGAGGUGCAAGCCAUGACAACCAAAUAAUAAAAGUGCGCUGUAAGUAAAGCGCCACACUUUUGCCAAAUGCGCUCUGAACAUAAUUAUCGCUGUGCCCAACUGCUAUACGGGUGUGAGAUGUUUAAGCCGAAUGUGACAUUGUGUGCGGAGGAGAUGUGGGGCCUAGGUUUCCGGCGGUGAUAUCGCGAGGUCGAUAUGUCAUGGUGAAAUUUCAGGGCAGUUGUUUGCAGAAAUUGUCACCAGCAAUUAAUUUGCUUUGAGCAACUAUGGCAAACCUGGUAUACGGCAAUGGCGUAAAGUGACGGAAUUCUGUCUAGACAGUCAAAACAAAGUUCGUUGAAUGGUGUGCUUGACGAGCGAUGAUUGGCCACACAGUCUUGGCGAGUAACGUGAACUGCAUGUGGUCUGAUUGGAAGUUGCUUUUCCAGUUGCCCACUAGGGGGAGCAGAAACCUGGUUUAUCCAUAUUUGGGCGGGGGGGGGGGGAACUUGAGUUUUUUUCAUAAUCAUAUAUACAAGAGGUGUGGCAACAAUUUUUCGCGACGAUCGCUGUCGAGAAUUGCCCUAAAAUUUCCAGCCUGCAUCGUGGCUUUAAAGGGAUUCGACCAAAGCGGGGCAGGACAACUGAAAAAAACGCUGCAAUGUAGGUACAUCGUUUAAACCAACUGUGUCUACCAACCCAACCAAUGUCGUGGGUCUUCCUCGAGUGACCAUUUGGUGUCAAGUCCGUACUGCGCUGUGCAAAAUGUACAAAACAAAUAAUGAAGUUUGCGGUACCCUACGAUUGCUCCCACGCGCAGGCAUCGCAUCUUUGGUCCAUCGCCGACAUGCGUUUUACCUGUGUGGCGUGUAAAACCGUGUCCGCUGGAUCUUGAUCGUGCGAGAACCCCACGGUCGCCUAUAGAAACCCUCGCAUUGAUCCUGCGUAACUGUGCGUUGUACAGCGACUACUGGAGCGUGCAUGUAUGUGUCUGUGUGUUUUGCUGAACCUCUGAGCUUGAUUCUCCCGGCCGUGCCCAUGUACUGCGAAUUGGUGUCUGUGCGUUUGCUUCGUAAAUCAGUAGUCACGAGAUCCCCGCGUAAGACCAGUGUUGGCUUGUGCAAGCUUCGUGGAGGCCACUAGUUGUUGCUAUUCAACCUGCAUUCACCUGGCAUCCUUCCCGUACCUCUCUCUUGUCUCUGUGGAGAUGAUAACACUAUGUAACACAAUUUUUGUUCCUGGGUAGUAAGUGUUAUUUCGUAAUUGCUUAUGCCUAAAAGGUAUUAAAAUGGCUAUUGUUCCGAACAAACUUUUCUUUUGUGACCAGGACAGUGAUAUUUAGAAAUUUACUUAUUUGCAAUGAGAAAACGGGCAAAUGUGUGUCUUUUCGUUAACAUAAAAUUGUUUCUUAAGACCCAAUUAGAUGUGCAGUGGUGGCAUCAGCACCUUCCGGGCUCCACCAGUGGCUCCCACUUGACGUUGUUCCUCCCCACAGACAACUCGGUCCACUGUGGCCAGUCCCGCCUGUGGUAGUGCGCCUUGGUGUCUAAAUCUUUUGAAGUAAUUUUUGUAUUACUUUAGUAUAAAUACAUGUUAAUUUUGAUUAAUAUGUAAUUUUUUUAUCACUUUACGUGAACGAAAAGACACAAAUUAUCCCGUAGUCUUGGUUCUUUCUUACCGAAAGAACCAAGAAUAUUAAUUUCUGCAGUCACGAAAGUUUUCAGUCAAAAUUCUCCCGUUUUCCCAUUGAAAAUAGGUCAAUUUCAAAAUCUCAUUGUCCUGUUCACAAAAGCAAAGUUUGUGGGAAAUAAUAGCCAUUUUCUGUACUUUUGAGGCAUAAGCAAUUACGAAAUAAUACUUACUACCCAGGAACAAAAAAAAUUGUUAAACAGUGUAAUCAUACGUAGUGGCUCUUUGUACAGAAUCCAUGCAAACUUAUCACUGAGUAAUUGUAGAUUAGAUUUUCUUCGUGUCUGUGUAAAUCCUGUUUCCGUUUGCCGAUAUAGUUUUUCAGUUUAUUUUUUAGAAACGUCCCCUCCCGUAACCGCUUCUGGAGUAAGAAAAGAACAGUUGUGAAUUUCGCUGCUAUAAAAGUAGAUGUCUGAAAUAAACAUUUUUUUAAAGUGCAAAAAUUAGUGCAAUUUUUGGUGGGACUGUGCGUUGUGUAUAAUUUGCUGGGUGAUCAUUAUCGUGGCAUUAUACAUGUCUAUAACAAUAAAAAAGCAUAUCGAAAUG